CUGCUUUAACAGUUGUCAACAACUUGACUGCAGGUUCAAACCUCGUACUUCACUCGAACUACAACGUCACAUCCCUUUGAACACUUCGUGACUUCAUUCGCUCAUGUAUACCGUACUAAACCAAUUGAAACUUGAGCGAGUCUCACAUCCACAGUCGAUUGUGAGCGGGUCGCUUGUGAUCCAGUAGAGCGGGGUCAAAUCACAAAAACAACAAAAAACACAUAGAGCGUUAAAGAAAUGCACACCCACAGGAAGAAAUUAUGCAGUAGAUUUUGAUUUAUUUCAGCUAUAGGAGGUGGGGCUGUUGAAGCACCUAGUGUGCCAUUAUUGGACAAUCUGGCAUCACAGUGAAGUCGUCACCCUGGAUAUACUACGGUAGUGACACAACCCGAACCCACCAGAGCAACAACAUGACUCCCACCGGGGGCUCCCCGUACCGUGGACUACGGCGGGGGAGAACUGUAUGUGGCAUGGUGGCUUUCUCGGCAAGUUGUCUCGCACUGUUGCUGGCUGCGACUGCUAUUUUGAUAACAUUGUCCGUGGACACUGGUGCGGUUCUACCAGAUGGGACUAAAGACGAUCAGGGAACGCGCCGUGUUUCGAGGCGUGAUGUGGGCGGUGAGGCCGCUACUGGACUCUUGCAAACGACUGGACCAAUAAUCGCCACGCUCUCUCCGUCAUAUGAUUUCAACUGCACCCCGCCCAGCAUCGACAACUUCCCGCCAAAUGUGAUGAGCUUAGACGUGUUGCGUCACGGCGGUUUGCUCAUCAACUUUGCUGUUGUCUGCUACUUGUUUGGUGUCCUGGCGUUGGUGUGUGAUAGCUACUUCAUGCCUUCACUAGAGACACUGUGUUCAGCUCUUAACCUAUCGGAGGAUGUUGCUGGUGCAUCGUUUAUGGCCAUUGGAGGAUCGGCUCCAGAGCUUUUCACUUCCAUUUUUGGGGUGUUCAUCGCCAAAGGGAACAUUGGAGUUGGUACAGUGAUCGGCUCAGCUGUGUUUAACAUCCUAUGUGUGGUGGGGCUUUGCGGCCUUCUAGCAGGACAGACCGUCUACCUGACAAAAUGGCCGCUUGCUCGUGACUCCAUGUGGUACUGUGUAUGCAUUUUUUGCCUUGCAUUGGUUAUACUAGACAAUGAAGUCCACUGGUACGAGUCCAUGGUUUUUCUCCUAGUGUACGCAGCCUACCUCGUCUUCUUGUACUUCGACCCAGUGAUCAAGCGACAAGUCGAAAGAUUUUCAGCUUGUGUUACGAGACACGAAGACGAAGAGGAGCAGCAACACAUCGUGAAAGAAAAACCCACCGAGAAACCUACCGAGGAGACGGCAGUAGGCUCGUCUUAUGAGAACAUCAACUCUUCCCAAGAGACAGACGGGCAGGAAGGUAACACAUCAGAAAGCGAAGGAGAAGAAGAAAAGAACACCCUGUCGCCUUUCAUCCUGCCGUCCGGAGGCCCGCAACGAUUCAUCUGGGUGAUGAGCUUCCCUGCCUCCCUUAUGUUCUAUUUAACAAUACCCAAUUGUUCUCUGAAACGAUGGCAGAGAUGGUACCCUUUGACCUUCGUGUUGGCCCUGGUCUGGAUCGGUCUAGUGACUUAUGUGUUAGUGUGGAUGGUGACGAUACUUGGUUAUGUGCUUUCAUUGCCCGAUGCAGUGAUGGGGCUUACUCUACUAGCAGCCGGCUCUAGUACGCCCGAUACUAUUCUCAGUGUCAUUGCAGCAAGAAACGGCUACGGUGACAUGGCAAUCUCACACUCCAUCGGCAGCAAUAUCUUUGAUAUCUUGCUGGGUCUCGGGCUCCCGUGGUUCUUUCACUCCACCUUUGUGCACCGCGGCAGCCCUGUACAGACCUACAGCGACGGCCUGACGGUGAUCGUCGGCAUGCUGCUCAUCACUGUGAUUGCUGCACUCCUACUUAUCAAAGUCAGCUCUUUCAGGCUGAACAAGGCGAAUGGUGUUGUGUUUAUUGUUUUGUAUAUUGUCUUUGUGGUUCCUGCAAUCUUACUUGAGAUGAAUGUCAUUAUUAAGGGUCUGGUGCUACCGCAAUGUCCACGCUCUAAAAUAUAGACAUUUUAUAGAGAUAUAGACAUGGCCUUUUUCUGUGGGCAACUUGAACUGGAAGGAUUGAGACUAAUAGACCUUCAUCACGGUGUGGCCAUCUUGAUUUUACUCCAUUCCAACUCAUUGUAACCAAACUGAGGCUUGGCGAAUUAAUAGUCUGGUCCCAUGUUUGCGUAAUGAAAGUUAGCAAUCAUUACUGUAAUUGGAACGGGGUACAUGACCAAGACGAUGCCAUGUCUGAAGAGUCAAUGAGUGGAAUAGUCUGGCUGGGGCUGUGGCAAGCUCACUGCCUUAAUCCUAAUACUACAAUUGCAGCCGUAGCCACAGUGGAUUGUUUAUCUUUGCACUGAGUGCGUUCAUGUGCCAAUCAUUGGGAGCCUUUGGAACGCUAGGUGGCAGCAGACUUACCAGGUAAUCUUCCAGUGUUAACGUAGUUCUGUGCAUGCGCACAUUACCGAAAACAAUGGAUUUUACCCGGUAAGUCUGCUGCCACCAAGCGUCCCAAAAGUCUCCCGCUACGUUUUUUUAUUCCUUUCAUUAUAUAUCUAAUUUUUUACACCUAUGUUUUAAAAGUACGCCGGACAAUAUUAUUUUGUAUUAUAUUUGUAAUGUUUCCCACCCACUGUAUGUAUACAUUAUGUUUCAAACAAAAAUAAUUGUUUACACUUGUUGUUUAAUUAUGUAUUCCAAGAACUGCUAUACGAAGUCCAACGAAGUAACUUAAAGUUUAUGAGGAGACAUGGCGACUUCUUGUUUGUGUUAAUUUUUUUAGUUAAUCUUCUUUGUUCAACCCCUUUUUUUUGGGGGGGGGGUAUUUUUUCUCAAACUUUCUUCCAUAAAUUUGGCCUGUUUCGUUCUUUAGAAUGUUUUUGUUUGGACAAAUUCACUUUUAAGUUUAAAAAGCUUUUGUUAUUAUAAAUAACUUCUGUAUGUAAUUUGUGGGAAAAAGGUUUCUUUAACUUAUUAUAUUUCAUAAUAUAUCUAUUUUUUUACACCUAUGUUUUAAAAGUACACGGACAAUAUUAUUUUGUAUUAUAUUUGUAAUGUUUCCCACCCACUGUAUGUAUACAUUAUGUUUCAAACAAAAAUAAUUGUUUACACUUGUUGUUUAAUUAUGUAUUCCAAGAACUGCUAUACGAAGUCCAACGAAGUAACUUAAAGUUUAUGAGGAGACAUGGCGACUUCUUGUUUGUGUUAAUUUUUUUAGUCAAUCUUCUUUGUUCAACCCCUUUUUUUUGGGGGGGGGGUAUUUUUUCCUCAAACUUUCUUCCAUAAAUUUGGCCUGUUUCGUUCUUUAGAAUGUUUUUGUUUGGACAAAUUCACUUUUAAGUUUGAAAAGCUUUUGUUAUUAUAAAUAACUUCUGUAUGUAAUUUGUGGGAAAAAGGUUUCUUUAACUUAGGACUUGUAAAUAUAAAGUCUUACCUUUAAAUUGUAAAGUUGUUACAUGCUAUAAUCACCAAGUGAAAUGUGUUAGUCAACAAACACUUCCAUAGUGCAGAAAGUUUGAUUUUUAAAACCACCAAGUGGCAGUUAUUUCUAAUAUUUUGUCUUGCAAAUGGAAAAAAUACAAGUAAAUGGUAAACAAACACCCUGAAUCAAAUGUAAACCUUUCAAAAUUGUGUGCACUCAAAGCUGAAAAUUUACUAGAGAGUGGGACUCGAACCAACAACCUCCAGAUUAGCGUGCCAGUUCUUUACCAACUGAGCUAUCGAACCCUAUGUUGACGGUCUCCCUAUUUUGUAAAGAUUUUGGUUUAAGUUGUUCUCUUUUUCUAAAAAUUAUUCCUCCCCAUAAACCAACAAUUGUCACCCACUUUGUUUUCAAAUCGUUCCAUGAACUUGAAGUAUUUUUUUCUUCUUCAAACACACCGUAUAAAUAAUCUCUAUUCAGCCUUGAAAAUCUGAUGUUUUGUUGUUGAAAUAAUUUCAACAGAAUAGCAAUUAAAAGCUAUCGCGCAUCACUCAAACUGCGUGUGUGGUCGGAAAGACCAAGGCCUCGGCAUUCUGUAGCAGCUAUUACAAUCUACGAAUCAUAUCAAUCACCUAGGUUUUUGUAUACACCCCGUUGUAGUCAUCUAAUAAUAGGGACUUUUCGUUUUCGACGACGGAUGGUUCUGCGACGGUAAAGAUGACAUUUGGCCUCAUCUGCGCAUGC